AAAAGACAUUGUUUUUAAUGCAAAUGUGAUGUUAAGUGUCAACAAGUUUUGCAAUGUUUUGCUUUGAACUCAAAAUCAAUUAUUUUAUUAUUUUUAAACAUUUAUGAAAUCAAUUGAUUGUCAAUGAAAUAGUUGGAUGUAUUGGAUAUUGCGGUGAUCUUUGCGGCAAAUGAAGAAAAGUCAUCGCUUAAGAAAUACUCAGAAUAUACCGCUUCCGUUGGGAUGGGAAGUGGCCAGUGAUCCCGAAAUGGGAAAAACUUAUUACGUCGACCACAAUACUAAACGCACGCAAUGGUUGGACCCGAGGGACAGGUUUACCAAACCGUCCACUUUUGCCGACUGUGUGGCCGAUGAGUUGCCGUACGGAUGGGAGUAUUCAUUUCACCCGCAAAUCGGUAUUUUCUAUACGGAUCACACCAGACGUGUCAACCAAUUGGAGGAUCCGAGACAAGAGUGGAGAAGUGUUCAAAAUAAUAUGCUUAAUAAUUAUCUUCAAGCAAAUGGUGAUAUCGGAUCUCAAACUGAAAUAAGAGAUCAUCGAACCAAAGGGUCGUCUAUAACCAUCAAUCGACAACUUCUGGAGCAAUCAUUGGCUGAUGCAAAGCAAAGAGUGGCGCAAUUGAAGCGUGAAUUAGAUGCCAAUUAUAAUUUGUUAACUAUUAUUGAUAAAUAUUACAAAAAAGGUGAUAAUAGUGAGGCCAAUGCUGUUGAGGUUUAACCACUACUUUCAUAAUGAAGUUUUUAUUUGCCAUUAAUUAUUGAGUUUGUGAUUUACUUACGAUUACCUAA